AUGAGGUGGAGUCAUCCAAAGAAUUUCUUCAUCAUCACCCUUUUGGGAAUAUUUGUAUUGGUGAGCUUCUACCUAUAUGGAUCGCUCGAUAGUGCAACGACGGAACAAAGGGAGGACACGGUUCGGCAUUUGAUGGAAGUCGAUCGUUUAAAGCAGAAAAUCGGCGCCUUGCAGAAUCAGCUGCAUUCAAACUCAGAUAAGAUGGAAAAGAUGCGAAACGAGUUGAAACAAUCGGAAAAACAAAGAAAGGAUUUGGAAAUUAAAAACGAGAAUGAUAUUUUUGAUGCAAGGGAGAACGCGGAUGCUGCUUUAGUGAAUCGAUUAGAUCAAGAUUUGAAAGGAGAUGAUGAAAAAGAGAACAAAGAAGUACUGGAUAUGCCAGCUGGGAACAAAGUAGCCAUCGUACAUCAAGAGCUUUCUAAAGCAACCGCUCGAAAACAUCAAUGCUCUUUCAUGGCCAACUACAGCAAUGCAAAAACGAAUGUGCAAAUGCUAGACAUGUACUCGAUUAUGUCUUUCGAGAAUGUUGAUGGAGGAGUGUGGAAACAGGGAUGGCAGGUCACUUAUAAGCCAGAGUCAGUGAAAAUCGAGAAAAAACUGGAAGUGAUUUUGAUUCCACACUCACACUGUGAUCCAGGAUGGAUUAUGACAUUCGAGAGUUAUUACACUGAACGAACGAGAAAUAUUUUGAAUGGAAUGGCAAAACAUUUACAAAUGAAACCGGAUAUGAGAUUUAUUUAUGCAGAAAUGAGUUUCUUCGAAAGAUGGUGGGCUGAACAGGAUGAGGGAACGCGGGAGAGAGUUCGAGGCUAUCUGAAAUCCGGGCAAUUCGAGAUCGUUACGGGUGGUUGGGUGAUGUCGGACGAGGCGAACGCUCAUUUCUAUUCGAUUAUCACCGAACUCAUUGAAGGUCACGAGUUCAUUCAGAACCAUAUUGGAACAGACUAUCGCCCACGCACUCAUUGGUCAAUCGAUCCAUUCGGUCUCUCCCCAUCACUUCCACUGCUCCUCUCCGAAGCAAACAUCACAAACGCUGCAUUACAAAGAGUUCAUUACUCUGUGAAGAAGCGCCUCGCUCAAGAGAAACAACUUGAGUUUAUGUGGAGACAGCUAUGGGGUGGAUCUGAUUCAAGACACGACAUUCGUUCUCACGUUUUUCCUUUCUAUUCCUACGAUGUUCCGCACACUUGUGGACCGGAGCCAAAAAUCUGUUGUCAAUUUGACUUCAAGCGGUUGCCUGGGGGCGGUCAUUCUUGCGAUUGGGGAAUCCCACCACAGCAGAUCACCGAUGCAAAUGUUGAGAAAAGAGCUUUUAUGAUCUAUGAUCAAUAUCGAAAAAAGAGCCAACUCUAUAAAACAAAUGUCCUUCUCGUUCCACUUGGUGAUGAUUUUAGAUAUCAAGAUGACUUUGAAUGGAACCAUCAACAUGACAACUACAAGAAACUCUUCGAGUUUAUGAAUCAAAAAACGGAAUGGAAUGUGCAUGCUCGUUUCGGCACGUUGAGUGACUAUUUUGAUGCUUUGGAUGAGACGCUUAAAACAGAAAGCGAAAAAUUGCCGGUUUUGUCCGGCGAUUUUUUCACCUAUGCUGAUCGAGAUGAUCACUAUUGGAGUGGGUAUUUCACUUCUCGUCCAUUUCACAAGCAAAUGGAUCGUGUGCUUCAGCAUUAUUUGAGAAGCGCUGAGAUUUUGAAUUCGAUUGCAAGGAUUCAAGGGAAGAGCACAGAAAACAUUGAGAUGUCGAAGCUGGUUGAGGCUCGUCGAGCACUUUCUUUAUUCCAACAUCAUGAUGGAGUUACGGGAACAGCCAAGGAUGCAGUGAUGAUUGAUUACGCUGAAAAAAUGCUAUCUGCUUUGAGAAGAAGUGAAGAGAUUUCAAUCGCUUCUCUCAGUUCUUUGUUAGAUAUGAAAACAGUGAGAAUGGACUUCGAUGAGAUUCGCGCCAAUCAGGACUCACUUCCAGAGAUGAGAACAUUAGAGAUCGGAUCCUCACUGAUCCUCUUCAAUUCAUUAUCUCAUCAAAGAGCCGAAGUCAGCUGCAUUCAAAUCUCGGCUAUUAAUGGGAGAUUAAAGACAAUAGAUGGCACAAUGCCUGAGCAACAAAUAAAUCCAGUAAUCAAUGUGGUUGAUGGAAGGAUACAAGUGGCUUCAAAUAAGUUUGAGCUUUGUUUCUGGGCCGAGGUUGGACCAUUGAGCACCGAAACAUACACCUUAUCAGUAAACAAUGAUCAAGCAAUGGCCAACAUCAAAGGAAACUCAAAACCGAUGGGUCUUGAUUCAUCAUUCACCUUCACUCAAACAAAUGAAGAUUUUGUGUUGAAAAACGAGUUAAUAUCAGCGACAUUCAGUGGGAUUACUGGAGGAUUGAGAGAUGCCACUUUGGAAGGCGUAAAGAUUGAUUUGAAUGCUCAUUUUGUGCGGUACACAGCCCGGCCGAAGGGGAGAAUCAAGAAUGGCGGUGGUGAUGAUCUCUCUGGAGCCUAUCUCUUCCUCCCAGACACUGAUGCAAAGAAGAUGGAGAUUACUCAACCAGCUUAUUUGUUGGGCCAAACGCUGGGAAACUUGUUCAAACGAUUGCUUUGGAGAAGGGGUCAACGGCGAUUGGUCUUCAGAAUCAAAUCGAUUUACGGGGAAGAUCGGACAAUAUUGAGGUGGCAAUGCGAUUUGAGACUUCAAUUCAGAGUGGAAACGAUUUCUUUUACGGAUCUUAACAAUUUACAGAUGAUUCGUCGACGACGAAUGCUUGACAAAUUACCCUUACAAGCUCAUUUCUAUCCAAUGCCUGGAAGUGCUUACAUUGAGGAUUCAAACACUAGAAUGACUCUCAUUGGUGCUCAGGCCCUUGGUGUUUCAAGUUUGAAGAAUGGUUGGCUUGAAGUGAUGUUAGAUCGUCGUUUGCAACAAGAUGACAAUCGAGGACUUCAACAGCCUCUACUCGACAAUCGGGUAACGAUCUCGAAUUUCCGUCUUCUUCUCGAGCCAAUCGUUGCGCCAACAAAAGAUUUGGAAAGCUCACCAAUGGGUCACUUGUCUUCAACAGCCCAUCACCAUUCACUAAAGUUGCAUUAUCCUUGGAUAAAAGUGCUCACAAAAGAUGCUCCAAAAUCGAAAGUCCAAGGUUUAUCAGCCUCAUUCCCUUGCGAUCACCAUUUGGUAACACUUAGGACAAUGGUUGGCCCGACUGAUUAUCAGAACAAUUUGCAAGUGAAGGCUAGGCCUGAGGCAGCGUUGAUUGUUCAUCGAUGGGUUCCCGAGUGUCGAGUGACAAAGGAAAUAGCAACUGGAAGCUGUGCAAAUACGGAUAAGUUGGACAUUCAAACGCUUCUCGGCACCGGAGUGAAAUCGAUUCAUUCCACUUCAUUGACUCUCCUCUAUCAGAACUCGACUCCAAUCAUCACUCCCAUCGAAGUUGAACCAAAUCGACUGGUUUCGUCAAUCACCUCCACCACGGUCUCGACGUCCACCGCCGGUCUCGCCACCUCGACCAGCCCUCCUUCGCUCGCUUCUCUUGUGUUCAAUGUGUCAACAGCUCUUGUUUUAAUGCCUUACGGUUUCCUCUAUCCAAUCGUCAUCCUCCUCACCACUCGUCCCUAUUUAGACUUCACAAUGAAGCUAUUGCUUGGCAAUUUCUCGAUUGUUUCCAUCCAAUCACUUCGUACCACCGAGCCGUCCACCCAAAUUGUGAGCACUAUCAAUUUCAAAUCAACGACAAGAAGGAAA